CUCCUUCUGUUGUUAAGGUUUUUCAUGAAAUCGCGCCGGACAUCAGAUGUCGCUGACACCUGACGGCAGGAUCAGCUAUACCUUCUCGCUCCGGUGGAAUUUCACGGCGCGCGCCUCAAUUUUCUCCAACUUUUUCCAAAUCGCACCGAUGUCGAGCGCGUCUCCUUCUGGGAAUUAACAUCGCCUCGUCUCCUCCGAAGAGCACAUCUCACUUGUCCACAUGGAUGUUUAUUCCUCUAAACUGUCGACAGCUGUGGAUUAUGGAGUUGGCGCGUUCCUGUUGCUCAUUGCAAUUCUUUCCAUUGUGGGGAAUUUUAUGGUUCUUGUGAUGGCGUACAAGAGGUCAAACCACAUGAAACCCCCUGAGCUUCUGAGUGUGAAUCUUGCCGUGACGGAUCUGGGUGCCGCCGUCACCAUGUACCCACUGGCUGUAGCCUCAGCAUGGAACCACCACUGGAUAGGAGGAGAUGUCACCUGCGUGUACUAUGGCCUGAUGGGAUUUUUCUUCGGAGCAGCUAGCAUGAUGACCCUGACAAUUAUGGCCGUUGUUCGUUUCAUUGUGUCUUUAACGCUCCAGUCACCAAAAGAGAAAAUGAGCAAAAGGAAUGCAAAGAUCCUCGUGGCGACCACGUGGCUGUAUGCACUUCUCUGGGCUAUUUUUCCUUUGAUUGGCUGGGGAAAAUACGGCCCGGAGUCCUUUGGCCUGUCCUGUACUCUGGCCUGGAGAGACAUGAAGGAACAGAGCCAGUCUUUUGUCAUCACCAUUUUCCUCAUGAACCUCAUCCUCCCAGCCAUCAUCAUCAUCUCAUGCUACUCCGCUAUUGCUCUGAAACUGUACAUCACCUACAAGUCAAUGAAUGACAACAACCACAUCCCCAGCAUGAUAAAGACGCAGCGCCGGCUCAUGUUGAUCGCUGUGUUAAUCAGCAUUGGGUUUGUUGGCUGCUGGGCGCCUUACGGCAUCGUCAGCCUGUGGUCCGUCUACCGCCCCGGUGACUCCAUCCCUCCAGAGGUCAGCAUGUUACCCUGUCUGUUCGCCAAGUCAUCCACUGUAUACAACCCGUUCAUCUACUAUAUCUUCAGCAAGACCUUUAAGCAAGAAGUCAAACAGUUGGGCCGCUUCUGCGGGAGAUCCAACAUCUGCCCUACUUCUGAGGCCAAAAAAGGACCAGAGAACACCAUCUACCUGAUGUGCGAUGCAAACAAGUCCAAAGUCGGAGCAGAGGAACAAACAGAGAAGAGCAGGGAGAAUGAGACUCAAAUGAUGCCAAAUCAGUUGGACAUGUGAGAAAAGAAUAGUAUUUUUGUGCGAUGUUAUCAGAUGCAGAUUCAGUGCACCGCUUCGGCGCUGUAACACACUGAUCUUUGUUCAAAGGGACCACUCAGAAUGAAAUUUUUGUCAUCAUUAAUGUCAUUCCAAACCUGUAUGGUUUUUUUUUUCUUCUGGGGAUGUUGAGAGAAGAGAUAUUGCGCGUCUGUUUAAGCUUAGGUCUUUUUAUUGGGUGCGCGGUGAUUUAUUGUCCCAAACUCCGUAACAGCCAAACCGUUAUUGUUAUCGUUUUAUUUGAAGGAUUUUUUCUGAGUACGGCACAGAACGAACGAACUAUGUUUUAGACUUCACAUACAGAAAAAUAAAUAAUAAUAAAUAUUUUUUUUUAUUAAAAUAGCAGAAGAAACAAUGACCCAUGCAGUAUACCGCAAGUCGUCUUAGUUAUAUGAUAGCGUUAAGUUACAUGAUAGGCGCAAUUUAUGUAAUUUAAUAUUUCCUAAGCUGUCAAAUCUCAUUUGCAGUCGUUUUCUUCAAAAUGAAAAAAAAAAUGGUUUCAAGUGUUUUUAUGAAGGUACUGUAAAUGAAAUUUGUGCGUGUACUACUAUUGUAUUUUGUACUUGCUAGUAUUAUUGUGAAUGUUUACCAAUAAUUAAUUAGACUUACCUUCCAUUUUAUAUGUGUGUGUGUGUGUGUGUGUGUGUGUGUAAAAUUUAGCACUAGCGUAAUGUCAUUCAUAAUCACAAUUUUCCUAUUUAUAAUUUUGCAUGUCAUUCAUGCGAUCUGGAUUAUUAUCUCCACGUACAUGUGUUUCAAAUUUAGUUUUCAUGGAAAAAACAAAGUCAGGUUUGGGACAACAUGAAAGGGAGUAAAUGAUGACAUAAUUUUCAUUUUCAGGUGAACUAUUCCUGAACUUCUUCCUAGACUUACAAUAGCCCCCCCGGUUUGUCUGCGUCAUCCCGAUUUUUGCCAUGUUAAAUGAAACCGUGUUACUUUUAAAUGGUUCGAUUGAUUCCGCUGGCGAGUGAAUGUGUUUUCGAAGUUUUGAAAGCUGUCCAGACGUUGCGCAACUCAGCCAUCCUCAGGAAAGAAAAAAAAAAAGUCCAGCCAAAGGACAUGUGGAUGCUUUGACGAGUGUUGUGUUCUUUUACUUUUACAAUGACCCCACUGCGGCCGUAACACUUAACCAGGUCUUUUGGGACUGCAGUCAUUCAUCUCGCCGGUGGAAAGAACGCUUUGCUGAAGAAUCUGCAGGUUGUUUCCAACCACUGAUGAGAGCGCUGCACUGGUUCGUCCUGCAGGGUUUUUGAUAUCCACGAAGCACGUGAUAUCCCGUUGCGAAAAGACCUUUUUGUUCUGUUCAAAAAAUGAAUGGAAACUGUAAAAAACGUACUAAUUAUAGGUAUACGUUUGAGCAAAAUCAACAAUGUUGCUGUAUUCUAUUAGCUACGUCCAAUAUUUCUCUUAAAAUAAAAAUGUUGAAUAAAUGUGAACGUGCCGAUUCCAAUCUUGCUGAUGCCAGUCCCCUCUAGGUCUUCGUCUGAGCACUGGACUACGUGGCAGGAAAAUUCUUCGACAUUUUUAUUGGGUCGUUGGAUGCAAAAUUCAGCUGAGCUCAUUAGCAUUUAAAGCAACGUGAACUAGAAUGGCUGAUUUUGACAGGGUAAAAGAAGGUGUUUUUUACACUACCACAGAGAAAUCUUAACCAAAGUAUGUUUCCACCACUGAAUAAAAAUGUAAAAUUGCGA